GAGCCACGAACGCGGGAUUGACCGCCGCUCGCCGUAGCCGCUUCCGCGGGGACGCGCAGAAGCUUCGCCGCCCCAUAGUUUACCACUUUCGUCAAUGGAUCAAGUUCUGCCCACCCCCACUCCCACUUUCCAACCUCGCAGCCCUCCGGCGGUCCUCCCCAACUUCCUGCCUGCGGGCCUGCGGCCGUCCUGCUCGCCGGCGGUGCGAGGGGAGGGGGGCGCACCCACCAGCAGCGACCUACCUAGCAGUUUCUCCGUCUCUACAGUAGCUACUGUCGACCGUUGACGGCGACUCCCUGCGCCGUAUGUGUCAUGCCACCGCAGGUACAGAGGUCGAUGGUAUGUCGAAGUUGUCCUACUAGGAAAUAAGAGUAUACCAUGGAGAACGAGUCGCAGCACACAAGUGCGAUGCCAAGGGAUUUUACAUUCCAAUUGUUAAAGCAAAUUACAAAUGAUUUUUCUGAGGACAACAGAAUUGGUGUUGGCGGGUACGGAGUAGUCUACAAGGGAACGCUUGACAGUGGUGAAGUGAUUGCUGUGAAGAAACUUUAUUACAAGCAUCCAGGACUUGACAGCGACAAGCAAUUUCAGAAUGAGUGUACUAACCUUAUGAGGGUUCGUCAUCAAAAUAUAGUAAGGUUAGUUGGCUACUGCCAUGAAAUACGUCAUAAAUGCGUAGAGCACAAUGGGAAAUAUGUUUUUGCUAUGGUGGAAGAUAGAGCUCUCUGCUUCGAAUACUUGGAGGGUGGAAGCCUUGACAAACAUCUCUCGGACGAAUCCUGCGGAUUUGGUUGGCACACGCGUUACAAAAUCAUUAAAGGAAUUUGUGAGGGAUUAAAUUACCUUCAUAAUGGAUCAAAAGAGUCGAUUUUCCAUCUGGACUUGAAACCAGCCAAUAUAUUGCUGGAUAGGAAUAUGAUGCCAAAGAUAGGAGAUUUUGGUUUGUCCAGACUCUUUGAUUCAACAGAAACCUGUUCCACAAAAGGAAUUAUAGGAACACCUGGAUACAUGCCACCAGAAUACAUCAAUAGGUUCCACAUCACACCAAAGUUUGACGUAUUCAGUUUGGGCGUUACAAUUAUAAAAAUAAUGGCAGGACACCAGGGCUACUCCAAAUUGGCGGAUAUGUCUUCCCAAGAAUUUAUUCAACUUGUACAUGAAAAGUGGGAAAAGGCAUUGCAGACAACUGUGUUGUCGCAUACAUCACAUGGAGUUAAGAAAUGCAUUGAAAUAGCAUUAAGAUGUGUGGAGGCUGACCGAGUGAAAAGACCUACUAUAGCUGAGGUUGUGGAUGAAUUGAGUAAGAUUGAUACUGCCAUUAUCGAUGAAUUAAAUGAGAUUGAUACAGCCAGAAGUUCACCAAUAGAGCAGGUAACCAACUUACGAAGCAAUCAGGCCUUCAACCCAUGUGUGAACUCAGGAACGUUCUCAAAAGGUGGUGGUAAAGAUGGGAAAAUGAUUAGUUCCUGCAGCAGUCAAGCCAUUCGAGCCUCUUCGGAUUCAGUGCUUCUAAGUGCGGAUAUUAAAUGCCAGAUCUUGCCAUCAGCCAGUGUUAAAAUCUUCAGUUAUGAUAAUCUCAGGUUAGCCACAAGGAAGUUCCGCGCUAACACUCUGCUCGGUGAAGGAGGAUUUGGACGUGUAUAUAAAGGAUGGAUUGAUGAGAACACAUUGUCACCUUGCAAACCUGGCACUGGUAUAAUUGUUGCAGUGAAAAGAUUAAGCCAGGAGAGUUUGCAAGGGCACCAAGAGUGGUUGGCGGCAGAAGUUAAUUACCUAGGUCACCUUUCCCACCCCAACCUUGUGAAGUUAUUUGGGUACUGCUUAGAGGAUGAGCACCGGCUACUAGUAUAUGAGUUCAUACCACGUGGGAGCUUGGACAAUCAUCUUUAUAGGAGAGGCCCAUGUCAACCUCUUUCAUGGAACCUGAGAAUGAAAGUUGCACUUGGAGCUGCAAAAGCACUAGCUUACCUUCACUGUGCAGAGACAAAUAUCAUUUUUAGAGAUUUUGGGAGUUCCCAUAUUCUACUUGACAGAGACUAUACUGCGAAGCUCGCUGGUUUUGGACUGGCAGUUAAUGGUCCUGUUGGUGAGGAGAGUCAUUUAACCACAAGGGUUGUGGGGACACAUGGUUAUGCAGCUCCAGAAUACAUUGCAACAGGCCAUCUUACACAGAAGUGUGACAUCUAUUGCUUUGGAGUAUUACUUCUGGAGAUGUUGUCAGGUCUCCGCGUCCUUGACCCGAACCGGCCAGCAGGGGAGCAGCAUCUUGUGGACUGGGCCAGACCAUAUCUCGAACAUAAGCACAAGAUACGCUGUGUCAUAGAUGCCAAUCUAGGUGGUAUUUACUCGUUCAGUGCCGCACAGAAAAUCGCUGCCCUUGCCCUCGAGUGCGUUUGCUUGGACCCCAAAAAGAGGCCGACCAUGGAUGCGGCGGUCUCUGUCCUUGAAGGUGUUCAGGAAGACGAGGAACCAGAAGCAGCGGAGCACCAGGAAUCAGGCAAAAAGGUCACUGCGAGUGCAAGCAGGAAGAACGGCAAAUCUCGCUGGAAUAUCUUCGGAGGGGGGCGGUCGUGAUCCAAAGCCAUCUGUUCGCUUGGCAUAGCAGGCCAGGGUUUGAUCAGAGUUGUUACUGAGCUUGGUGGUUGCAAACGAAUCAUCACGCAGACGCAUGAGCUAAAUUUAUGAAGUCGUCCACAGAUGCGAAAAGUCCA